AUGAUGAACUCCAUCGACAAUGACUCUAUCAAAAUAGCACUGAAGGACUCAGACUACGGAUCAGUCCUCAAAAUGACGGAAAACAGCGCAUUCAAUGAAGCUGCUAUCCUGACCCCCGCGUACUCCCAAGCGAUCGACGAAAUCCUUGGUGAUCAAGACGCCAGAACUGCAGCAUGUACAUCCCUCACCGUCUGCAUUAUACGAACCACGAAGCUGCUGGAAGAUGUAGCCAAUCGUGUUGACCUUGAUGAAGCAACUCGGAAACUUGCUAUACUUCAUCUGCAACGGCGGAUCAGAAACUUCGCACUUCACUUACUCCCCCUCGACUUCUCCGAUAUCACCGACCUAGCGAUAAAGAAAGUUGAAGUGAAGCCACUUGUAGAAGAACCCCGCCUGGUACGCCCACUAAGAAGAAAGGCGGCUACCAUAGAUCGAACCCGCACCACACUCUGCAAGCGCUGCGGAGGAUAUGGACAUAAGUUCAGAAAAUGUCCAGAUUAUGUUUGUUGCAUCUGCGAUGAACUCGGACCCGACCAUUUGUCUAUCCACUGCCCACGACUCGAAGGACGCAUUGUACUCCAAGAGUUUAGUGAUGAAGAGAAGUUUUUUGAAGCUCUCUUAGAUUGGGAGCAGAACCACAAGGCACUCGUGGAUCUAGAACUUCGGCAUCCCACCGAACUUUCCCCUGCCCCUGAACCUCCCUCAGUACCUUCCGUCUCCACGUCAGCAAUUCCCGCACUACCUACCGCUACGAUGGAAGAAGAUGAAUUCAUCAAGAACCAUCGAGAGGUAUUCAAAAUCCCAGCUGGGUUAAUCAACGACGUGGAGCUUUUGGCACAGCUUUCGAAAAUUGUCAGUGAAUUGCUCUCUUCCAUUCGCGGCAAUCUCAAGACGAAGUUGGUCGCAUUGCUCGUUAAGCGAAUGAGUAUCAUGGACAUGGCUAAAUCACUCGCUCACAGUAUAAUUGAGGUUGACGCUGCUCAUUGGAAUAGAUAUGCAUUUUUACGGCGCUGUUUGCGCAUCUUCCUUAUUGGGGUCGGCGACUACAGAGCUAUUCCUCUCAAGGAGCUUUACUCGAGCUCACUUAUUCCUUCUCUUCAUAGAGACCUCCGCGUCAAAAUCUCAGAGGGACUUGAUUGUGACAUAGAUAUGGAGGUAAGCGAGAAUGAUGAGCAGCAUGCAGAUAAUGCCGAAGGCAAUGUGGACCAUUCAGAUGAACACUGCGAAGGAGAUCUCGGAGCGACUAAUGAUCACGGCAAUAACCUUGGAGAGGAAGAGCGCACCAUGGACAGUGGAGAGUCAUAUGGGCUUCUUGAGAUUAGGGACGGGGAGGGGGAGGAGGAGGAGGAGGAGGAGGAGGAGGAGGAAACCAGCGAGCAAGAACUUGAGGUUGACGAUGGCGGCUCUGGAUUUACCAAAGGAAAGAACAGCAAGGGUCCGAAAUUCACGUCAUCAAAAUUCUGGAACUUCAUUGAUUGCUCACUUCAAGCCAUCCGCAGAGCUGCAAAGGAGGAGACAGGCUCGGAUCCCAACAACAUACUCGUUGAAUACUUCCAAAUGGACCUUGCUGAAUUUCCUGGUAGCAUGAUUGUUCCGAAGCUCCUCACCACUACCAGUCCUCAAUGGCAGACAACUAUUCAGAACUCGCUGCUUUGGAGCUGA